UUUUAUUACACCCUCCUCUCGCACAAGAAAUUGCAUAGCCUGGAACUAGUCCGGAAGUCUUGUUUGUGGCGGCGCUUUGAUGUCUGAUAGCGACUCGGAGGGAGACUGGGAAGAGGUCCAGCUUCCGGAAGAGGGGCAGAACCUUGAGAUCACUAUAUCUGCACCCAAAGCCUUGGAGUCAAACGGCAGAAACAUACGGCUCGAGACUGUGCUCCGCAUCAACUGUCACAAGCUGCACACUCUCGCGCUGCUCGCUAACGGAUGGAUUCGCAACAAAUGGCUCAACGAUCCCCUGCUGCAGGCCCGGCUUCUCUCCCUGGCUCCGCUCUCUUUGCAAACCUCCUUCGCCAUGAUUCACAAAUCGCGUGUGCCCGAGUCGCAGAAGCGGGGACGAAUGUUUGAGACCGCCAUGAACGGUCUAGCCAGAUGGUGGAUAGAGGACUACUUCACCGUUCUUCUUGAGGGGCAUGUACGCAACCGCCCAUUCGGCGUUGUCCAAGCUGAGAUGGAUCGCCGAGGGCUAGGACCGGAGGAUCCGCUGGACGACGAGUUGUUAGAGGUGAUUUUGGCUGACGAAGGCGAGGUCAUACACGGACCCAAGAGUCUCAUGAAACACGCUCUCAUGGGGAAAGGCAGUCGUGACGUCAGUGCCCAGCUCUUCACCGCCCUGUGUCGCGCCCUCAGCAUCCCGGCGCGACUGGUGGUCAGCUUGCAAAGUGUGCCCUGGAAGAAAAGUGGGAUCUCUGGCGAUGCGAAAGGAAAGGGAAAGGCCAAGGCGGAUUCGAGCGUCACCACAGACGCCGAAGGCAGCAGCAGCGCGCCCAAAAGCGCCAAAGCGAAAGGCAAGGAGAAGGCGCGGCCUUCUGUCAAACUCCGCAAAUCGAAAGGAAACGUGCUUGGAGGCGCACCCCGGGCAUCGCCAUCAGACCCGCGAACGGCGUCCCCCGUGUUCUGGACGGAGGUGUUUUCUCGACCAGACGGGCGGUGGCUGCCGAUAGACCCCAUCCGCGGAUACGUCAACCAGCCAAACGUAUUCGAUCCCUCUUUCGCGGCUCCCACGGCGCACCAAGGGAUAGGCAACUCCAGUUCAGCCUACGCACGCCCGAGCACCAUUUUGGCUGGGAAGAGUCUUAAGAUCGCACCGCGAGACAACCGGAUGGUGUACGUGGUGGCGUUCGAGGACGACGGAUUCGGGCGGGAUGUGACAAGGCGGUAUGCGCGCGAGUAUUCUGCCAAGGUGGCGAAGAUCCAGGGGGGACAGAAGCAGCGUGGUCGGAAAGAGAUGUGGUGGGAACGGGUCAUGCAGACUGUGCAGCGCCCGUAUCGGUUGAAUCGAGACGAUGUCGAAGACAUGGAGCUUGACACUGCACAGCUGAUGGAGGGCAUGCCCACGACGAUAGACGGUUUCAAGCAUCAUCCAGUAUACGUCUUGGUCCGACAUCUGGCACAUAACGAGACGCUGUAUCCAGCUCCACCCCAAACGCGGGAAAUCGGCAAGUUUCGAGGCGAAUCUGUCUACCCACGAUCCGCUGUCGUAUCCCUCAAGACCUCUGAAAACUGGAUGCGCAGCGAGGGACGACAAGUCAAACCUGGGGAACAACCGAUCAAGUUUGUCAAGAUGCGCCCGUCAACUCUGUCCCGGAGGCGGGAACUGGAGGUUCUGCGGGACGGGUUGCCUACUGCUGGUGAAGGGACAGCGCCGGACAUCAUGCAAGGAACGUACGCUCGAUUCCAGACCGAGCUCUAUGUUCCUGAGCCCAUCAUCGCUGGCAAAAUCCCGAAGAAUAAUUUUGGCAACAUUGAUCUCUAUGUUCCCUCGAUGCUCCCGGAAGGCGCUGCUCAUCUUCCACACAAGGGCAUCGGGAAGAUCGCCAAACAGCUCGGAUACGACUAUGCUGAGGCUGUGACCGGAUUCGGCUACGCUCGCAAACGGGCCACGCCCAUCAUCGAGGGCAUCGUUGUUGCCACAGAGAACCAGGAAGCGAUCCUGGAGGCUUACUGGGAAUUUGAGCACUCUGCUGCUGAGAAAGCCCGAGUGCAAGCAAGACGGCGCGUGUUGGCACGGUGGAGUAAACUCAUCACUGGUCUGCAGAUCAGAAAGAGUAUUCAGGAUGAGUACCGAGAUAGGCAGCCCGUGGCCGCCGAGACAGAAGACAGGGGAGAGGAUGUCGAGAUCCGGCCUGGCUUAGCUGCCGAAGGAGGAUUCCUCCAGGGAGCGGACUCGGUCGUGACGGGAUACCAAUUACCCCACCUCCCCUUCUUUGCGCAGUCGGACCCUGCUGCCCCUGGCCCUAGCACAAUGCCGCAUUUAGAGCCCGUCGCAUACGAUAUGGAAACGAUGGAGGUUGACGAGGACAUAGAGCUUCCUGGCGCCCCAUCUCCUCUUGCUCCGGCACUCGUGGUACCUAAAUCGAUGGCCGAGCUGGCUGAAGAAACCGCGGCUCGUCUGAGAACGGAGCUGGAACGAGAUGAUGUGAACGAGCUCGAGGAGGAGGAGUAUGUCUUGCCCUCUCGGCCAGCGAAGAAGCCACAGAAGAAACAGCAAAUUCUGAGGCCGAGCCGAGCUCCUAAUCAGACAAAGCCGAAAGCCAAAUCACCAGUAACGCGACGGGUGUCGGCCAGGAAGAAACGGAAGAAGGACGAGGACGACUCGGAUGCCGAGGACGAAAUCUCGUCGGGCCCGUCGCCAGCCAAGCGAGCUCGUGAGAGGAGCUCGCCACCGCUAAGGCGGAGUCUGCGGCACCGAAGGACAAAGACAGAAACUGAGCUGCAACAAGAGCAAGAUGUGGAGGAUGCAUUCCGCAGAGCUGUCGCGUCGUGAAGUGUCAGUUGAUUAGUAAUAGACGGACUAUUCUACAGGUGUCUCUGCUGAAGGCACUGCCGGUAACAAAACAGCAAAGGUAAGGUAAGAUGUAUGGCCACGGACUUCAGCCAUGGCCUUCGAUACGCUAAUUUUUGCAGGGGGAACAGGCAAGCGGACGUCAUUUCCAGAAACGUCGUUAUCUGGAGCUGCAUCAUCGCCCCCCAUUUCUUCCUCUGUCUUCAAUCUCUUACCGCCAGAAUCCUCGGGCUCCGAGCCUUCACCAGCUGGUUGGUCCCGCUUUCGUUUCUCCCCGUGGGGGUUCUCGCGGCUUCGCUGUCCUGCGGCGACCUGCUUCAGGCGCUUGACCUCCCGGAUUCCCUCCGCCCUCUUCAGCUUCUCCACGACGUCCGAGAUGGGCUGGAGCACCGGGACCUGCGACACAUCGUGUGUGCGCACGAGCGUUUCGUACAUCGUGAUCUCUGCCUCAGAUCAGUAGAAAGUAGGGGAUCAGCCACAAGGGACACCGCACCCGAGAACCCAGCAUCAUUGAGCGCGCUGACUGUUCGUAAUACCUGUUCCAUGCACGGACUAAAGCAGCAUAUUCUCGCCGCACGGUCUUUCUGCGACGCAAGAUGUCAGCCCCUUCGAAGCAGGCAGGGGAAUAUACGUACUCUCAUAGCCUGUUUGGCGUGCCCGAUGGCAUCCCAAGGUGCUGGUAAAUCAAGGAAAACUGGUCGUAGAACCUUGUCAGACGCCCCGAUGACGCGAGAAGUGGGCCACGCACCAGAAUCCACCGUGUCCGUCAAAUUGAAUCCGUCCUUGCAUACAUUUUGAUGAGUCAAUGUCACGAACUCUGACAUUCCGUGCUGCGAGAACUCCUCCCUGCAGAAAGAAGCGGAUGAGAGAACUCGUCAGCGCAGACAGACAGACAGAUGAUGGCCGCCGAAGAACGCGCCUGGCUUUGUUGGCACGGGCCU